UCGAAAUCGUUCAAAUUCAUACCGUGAAGAAUUUGUGGUAGUCCCACAGACGUGCAAAGUUUUAUAAUGAGACGGCUUUUAACAUUUAGGAACAGAAGCAGGAUUAUCUUCCUUGAAUACUUCAGUUUCUAAAUACAAACGUCUUGUUUUUCUCAUCGUUUUAAAUUGGUGAAUGUUACGAAGGUAUCAUAGGUACAGUGAGAAGCAAUGGACAAAGCAGAAAAUCAGACCACAGAAGAACGUUGUGGUUUGAGCGGCGAGCUAGCUAAAGAAAACAGCAAUGUAUUUCAAGUAAUGGAUACUUGUAGUGAAUGUUGUGACGAAAGCGAUAAUUCAGAUGGUCAUGAUGACGACAAUGAUGAGGUCGAUGGUGAGGAUGAUGCUGACGGCGAUGAAAAAGGUGACAAACGGAAUGGCAAUACCGCUGAUGAGAUAAGUACAGAAGCGGAGAAAAACUAUCUUAAUGUUGCUGGGGCAUGUGCUAAAACCCCAGAUGAAGAAAAUAGCGAAUCGCUGAAUACUUUGGAGACGGUGGCCGUUGAGAAACAGAGGUUUUGUGAUGCCUGUAAAUAUGAUGACCUACUUGAAACUGCCUCAGGCUUCUGUAUAGCAUGUACCGAAUAUCUCUGUCAAAAUUGUUGCAGAGACCACAAGAAGAACAAGCUAACGAGAGAACAUAAAAUGCUAAAAAAUGGCAACAUGCCCAAGGAUGUGUCUCCCUUCAGAGCUAUACGAGACUUGCUGAAAUGCAAUACACACACAGAGAACGAGGUUGCCUAUGAAUGUGUGUACCACAAACAGUUGAUCUGUGUGUCUUGUCUAACAGGGAGCCAUCGGAAAUGCGAUGACAUAGUCGAUCUUGGAACCAGCGACAAGAACUGUCUCGCCAAGGCGGCUGAUUUUUCCCUCAUCACUAAGCUCCUCGAUAGGCUGAAAAUCUGCACUCAGCGAAAUGUGGAAACAGCCGACAGAGUUAAUAGUAAGCGAUAUGAAAUUAAGCAAGAGUGUGAGGAACUAAUGGACAAAUGGAAACAGCAUAUUGAAACGCUUGGAAAUUUGCUUCAAACUGGGGCAGAGGCAUGUGCCAAACGUGAAGUUAAAGCAUCACAAGAGAGUUUAAGUCAAUGUUUGAAGAUUAAAAAAGAUCUUGAUAAACAUUUGGACAUAGUAUCAGUGUUAACACUUCAUGGAUCAAAGAUAGAAGUGGCAGUGGUAUCCAAGACGCUUACUGAGAAAAUGAACAUGUACAUGAGUAAAAUAGUAUCCAUAGAAAACAGAAUUCCAAAGCAGUUACUUCUGCGCAUGACAGAACCAUCUUAUGUGCUCCAGUCACUUGGCUCAGUGUCUCUUCAAAUAGGUGAUGCUCCAAUAGAGACGCGUGUUAAAUCCCCUGAAAACAUCUGUAAUGCUGAAGGCACAGAGGCAAACGUGUCAGGAGAAGCGGGUGUACCUCCAUAUGAAACGAUAAAGAGAAAGGUUGACAGUGGUAAAAUGUAUGUAGUGAAAACCGCGACUGAUGCAAAAACUUGUUCAAUAGUUGCUAUGAAGAGUGUAUUUGACGGACAAAUUGUUGUUGCUGACCAAGGGAAUGAAAAGUUGAAGCUGCUAUCUAUAGAGCAUUAGAUCCACUCACAGAGAUUAAACUUCCAGGUGUUCCAUCCGACAUGUGUUGCCGUGGAAAUCAGGUGUUCCUCUGUUUUCCCGAAUUGAAAAAGAUUUCUAGGUACACAGUUGGCCCGUCUGUAAUUCAAGAAUCAUCAAGCUACGCAACCAUAAGACCCCCAGUUAGUUUGUCAAUGUUUGAUGAAGAACGCCUGAUUAUUCUAUUUAGAUCGAAAAGCACUUCUAAUGAAUCACAAUCAGAUGAUAUGGCCAUAGAAGUAAGAGAUGGCAGUUGCAUCAAAGCAACACUUGAACUUUCUGAAAAUAAAGAUUUCAACCUCAUUAAAGAAGGUCGAUGGGUCAUGCGUUAUGACGAGUCUUUAAUUGUCUUGGCAGAUAAUGAAAAGAUUUCUUGCUACAUAGUUGAUGAAGUUGACCACUGUCUAAUAUUUAAACGAAGAACCCUGAUGUACAAUCCAAUCAAAACUAAGACAUUGAAGAAACCUAGAGACUUGUGUCAAGACCCGGAAGGAAGUAACGUGUACGUCUGUGGCGAGGAAUCAAAUAACAUUCACCAGGUUUUCAUACGAGAUUUUGAAUACCGGUAUAGCCGCGUACUUAUGAAGCGCAUAAUCCAACCGCUGUGUUCCUACGUGGAAGGAGACAGGCUGAUCGUUGGUUGUCAACAAGACGAAUUCCUACAUGUAUACACGUUCAUAUAAGCGCGUCAACAAAUGGACGUUUAAGUGCGCAUUUUGAACGUUAACGGCAUCAAGUGAAUAUUCCACGUGUUACACACUUAAUCAAAAUGCAGCUGGCAAGAAUAUUUUGUGGUUAUGUAUGUAAUAUUGAACGUAUGGCCAUCAUAGGCGCAAAUAUCUCUGGACAUAAUGAUAUUGAAUAUAACUUGACUUGAUGAAACCAACUAAAAUGUACAACUUUCGAAGAUUUGCAUAGAUGUGUUUAACAUAUUGAGUUAGGUACAUAAUAAGUUGACACCAGUCGUACGUUUCGUCUUUCUUUCAAACAGUGCGGGUAUCUAAUAUAACAAAUGAAAACACUUGUUGAAUUUGGGACUCAAAUGCUGUUGAAGUCGCGUCGAAACGCGCCGUCAGUAUUGAAUAGGUUUUAAUAUUGUACCAUGGAGCGCCACGUGUUAAAAUGGACAAGCUAAAAAUAUUAUUUUGAAAUAAUACUAGAAAAUAUAUUUGAUAAAAAACAACCUUGAUGAACACACAAAUGUAUAUUAAAACUGA